UUCUUCCGCUCUAGAAGACAUGAUUUCCAGGAAAGCGGUGGGAUCUCUUGUCUGUCUAUUCAUCCUUACUACGUUUAUCUGGAUUACAGUUGAGAAUGGGAAAGUGCGCUACCUCCCAUAUUACCUUCCUUGCCCUGAAAUCUUCUCCAUGAAACUCCAGUACAGAGAAGAGAAGCCAAUCCAGCUUUUCCCCCAAUUAUUUUAUCCACAGCCAAGAGCACUGGCCCCAAAGCGUCAGGAUGUGCUGACUCUCACACCAUGGCUGGCCCCCAUCAUCUGGGACGGUACCUUCAACUCUGAAGUCCUGGACCGUGCCUACACGCCUCUGAAUCUCACCGUAGGGGUGACAGCGUUUGCCAUUGGAAAAUAUACAAGAUUUGUGGGCCGUUUCCUGGAGUCAGCAGAGAAGCAUUUCAUGAAAGGCUAUCGAGUGAACUACUACAUCUUCACUGACAACCCUGAGACAAUCCCCAAUGUCCAGCUGCAACCUGGCCGAAGUCUUGUCGUUGUACCCAUCGAGAAAUACCACAGCUGGCAAGAGAUCUCCAUGCGCAGGAUGGAGAACAUAAACAAGCACAUAGCAGAGACAAGCCAUCAGGAGGUGGACUACCUCUUCUGCCUGGACAUUGACAUGGUGUUCCACAAUCCCUGGGGGGCUGAGACCUUGGGUGACAUGGUGGCAGCCAUACACCCUGGCUAUUUCAAUGUCCCUCGAAGCCAAUUCCCUUAUGAGAGGAGGAGCUCUUCAGCAGCCUACAUCCCUGAGGAAGAAGGGGACUUCUACUAUGGAGGAGCUGUGUUUGGGGGGCUGGUAAAGAAGGUCUAUGAGUUCACCAAGACUUGCCACAUGACUAUCCUGGCAGAUAAAGCCAAUGGGAUCAUGGCAGCCUGGCAGGAAGAAAGCCAUCUCAACAGGCACUUUCUCUCCCACAAACCCUCCAAGGUGCUCUCCCCAGAGUACCUCUGGGAUGACAGGAAGUCCAAGCCCCCUGAAAUACACCUCAUUCGAUUUUCCACAGUGGAUAAGAACUACAAGGAGAUACGGGAUUGACCAUCUGAUCCUUCCAAAGAGGUCCGUGCUCCAUGCAAUCCAACCCACUGAAUAUUAACUCCCAGAGAACGUGCCCCACUAAAUUUUUAUUCCCACUGUGACGGAGCUGAGAAAGGAAGAUGUGGAUAGUUUCUCUGGAGCUCAGGUGUCUUAAAGUAUUUCAGAAGCAGCACCCAAGGUGAAGGAUAAAAUGGCAAGGUUUUUAUGUUCCUAGUCCUUGUAAGUACCCUACUUGUGGCUGCCGCACACGAAAAGGCCUCCAAAAGGCCCACUGUCAAAUGCAAGGCUGUCCUUAUAGCAAGGCUGCAGAUGCUAUUGCCCGAGUGCUUCACUGAAGCCUAGUAGAAACUGGGCUGACAGGACGAAUAAGUAUGAAUUCAUAUAGCAAUUAUUGUCUUCCACAUUCCAAUCCAUGUUUUGGAGGGCCAGGUUUAAGCAGAACUGGCACAGCUCAGACCCAGAUUUGAUCUUUCUGUUUAUCCCAGUCACAGAUGUGCGCUGAACCUUUUCCCUGGUUCACAUGUCUCUGGGGAUCAUUUAAUCUUUUCUGACACAGAAAAUCUGAUAUUGAGAGAUCCAUGUGCUUAUCCCAUUGGUUAAGUCCUUUCCAGCUUCUCUGAGCUCUGUAAAAUAAAUUGGCUAGAAGCUGCUGGAACUGACAGGAAGAGCCGAUGUGUUUCCAGCAAGCAGAGUGAUUUCUUUUUAUAAUGAAGGGCUCUAGUGAGACUGCGGGCUCAGUCCAGAGCUGGAAGUGGGCUGGGGUUACUAUUUUCUUUGUAUGAGCGUGAUGAGAAGCUGAACCGUGUACUGUGCAGCCUUUAAAGCCUGACAGCUCACCCCCAAAACAGGCAGAGGGGUCCAACACAGGGGAACCGCUACGGCUUGCCAGCAACGGCUGCAUAAUUGGUGGUACCUCCCUUGCUGCAGCAUAUCUGCCAUAAACAUCUUCCCCAUUACCUCCCAGGCGUGCAACCAAAGAGCAGUGCGAGUCUGUGCCACGCUCAUUUAAUGUGAGCAGGGAGAGGGACCGCAGGGAGCAGCCGAGAAUGGCAGAGCUGAGCACUGCUGCCAUGCUAUAUGGUACCGAUUGAAGCGGCAGGGCUGAAAGGGCUAAGCUGCCUGUUUCUAAGGGAACAGUUUAAAACAAAAAAGAAAAAAAUUCAUUUGGCAGAAAGAGAGAAAAUGGGGAAGAGGUGCCUGACUGUUCUCGCCUCUCUUCACAUGAGAAAAUUGCUAUAUGGCAGUGUAUCAAGCAUUCAAAGCUUUAAGGCCCCAUUGCUGAUUGCAGAUGACUUAAUAGGCCAUUUCAGCCCUGUGCGAAUCAGCUGAGAAUGGCACUUGCUGGUGUCAGUGUGGCCAUUUCAUCUUCCAGAAGGCAAAUUAGAAAAGCUUUAAGGGUACCCGUUAUAUAGAUAAUAUACUCAAAAUACCUCCAACUGAAAGCCCCUAGUGGCAGCUGGGUCUGUUGCUUCAUGCUUUAGCCAGCAAAGGAUCUAUCUGCUUAUAUUUUCUGCAGACUGUUUUUAGUGCUAUGGUGCUGGAGGAAAACAGGCAUCUGAUAUAUCAAAAACAGAGCUGAAAUCCUUGUAAAGAUGUCUACAUUUGGUAACCAGGCACCUCAUCUAGGCCACAAGGGGGAAGAAAGAUCCUUAUCUAAGUAUUUCCAAAAUGAUAUGUUCCCACCGAAACCAGAAUUAAUACCAAUUAUUUCUUACUUGGAAAACAGUUGUGUCCAGAGACCACGACUGAAACUAGGGUCUCAUUGUGCCAGUUUUUCCUCUUGCAAGCCAGCAGAGACUGUCUAGCCUGAUCUCCUGUACAGGACAAGGCAGAUGAUUUUUAUCUCCAGAUGUCUGUAUCAAACUCACAAUAUGUGGCUGAGCUGUGCUAGAUUGCUUGGAAAAGCAUUCAGGCUCAAUAAAAACAUCAAGUGAUAUAGAAGCCACAAAUCCAUA